AUGAGAAAGAAGAGAAAACAAAGAAUAAAACAUAAAUAAAAAACUAAAAUUGCAUCCAAAAAGCAUUUAUGUCUAAACUUUAUCACGUCUGUGGCCUGCCAGAUAGAGACUGGGUGUUUUCAAGUGAAUUUUAAAGACAAAAAAAGUAAAAACCGUCGGUGUGUACCAUAAAAACAACUUACUUUAAAAAAUAAACGGCCCUUUUCAAAUUCCGAACGCAAAUAAGUAAUCGAAGUUUAAAUGAUUGCCUUUGUUCAAACAUUUUGGGACUGCUGCCUUCGGCUGUUUAUUUAGCUGCCUCUAAAGAGGAUUUUAAAAACAAGACAGUGAAAGAAUAAACAAAACUCGAACGCAUUUACCGUAAAGACUACCAUUAUUUAAAUACCGUUCCGUUCUGUGUUCAAAUUCGAAAAUUCAAAUUAGGAACGAAAAUUAAAGCGUGCCACUAGCGGUAAUAGCUCGCGAUUUUCCGCGUGAAGUUUUAGUGUUACCAGUUAAGUUGUGGUGUCAAAGUGGCUGGAGACGAGCAUUUGGACAUGCUGGGGGGCCCUGAGUGGGGACAGCGGGAGGCCACCCCACCUAGAGAUGCCCCCCUGCCGAGUUUUGGCUUCACACAGGAGCAAGUCGCGUGUGUCUGCGAGGUCCUCCAACAAGCCGGCAAUAUCGAGCGCCUCGGCCGGUUCCUCUGGUCGCUGCCGGCGUGCGAGCGGCUACACGCGCACGAGUCGGUGCUGAAGGCCAAGGCCAUGGUGGCCUUCCACCGCGGCAACUUCAAGGAGCUGUACCGGCUGCUGGAGUCCCACACCUUCAGCGCGCACAACCACGCCAAGCUGCAGAGCCUGUGGCUUAAGGCACACUACCUAGAAGCCGAGCGGUUGCGCGGGCGGCCGCUAGGAGCGGUCGGCAAGUACCGGGUCCGGCGCAAGUUCCCUCUGCCCCGGACCAUAUGGGACGGGGAGGAGACCUCUUAUUGUUUUAAGGAAAAGUCCCGGUCUGUGCUCCGAGAUUGGUACCUCCACAAUCCCUAUCCUUCACCCCGGGAAAAACGGGAACUGGCCGAGACUACGGGACUCACUACUGUUCAGGUUUCAAAUUGGUUCAAAAACAGACGGCAAAGGGAUCGGCAAGCAGAACACAAAGACAGUGGCGGCGGCGGGGACAAACAGCUGGACUCUUCAACAGACGACGACAGCGAUGCGCCCACGCACCCCACGCAGCCCCACGUCGUGCCCCCCCACCCCCCACAGCCGCUGUACCCCCUCUACGAGCACCCCCUAGCACACCUACAGUACCACCACUCGUGACCCCCUUAUCCUUAUCUGUAGAUGUAAUAUAAAAUGGCGGAAUGCAUGUAUGUUGAAAUGUAACAACGCCAUGACAAGACAUUUGAUUGAAGGGGUGAGUGGACAAAGGUGUUAUCUGACAAAACUGAAGAAUCGACUUUUUUGCAUGAACAUAGGUUUUAAGUGAUGAUAAAAUCGAGUAAUGAGUUCAAAACACGCAAUUUUGUUACGUGUCAAACCUUAACAAAGGUGUUAUCUGACAAGCAUUGAUACAUUUCAGGAUUCAAAUGUGGUAUGAGCAGAUUAACAUUUUCAAACACUCAUAACUCAUUUUGUUAGUU